CUUGCGUUAGUACGUAAAGGUCUCCGGUCGCCGUUCACAUGCACACCCGUGGGUCCUGAUUGCGCUCCGAGUUCCCUGAAGGCCAAGCGUGAUGGCACCUGUCACUAUCGCAACACAAACAGCCAAGGACAUGAGGGUGGCGAGGGCCAGCGUCUCGUUCAAUGUGGAAACCGUACGGGACUACUUAUUCGCAGGAAGGCCCAACUGGGAGACUCAUAAGAAGAUUGAAGAUAUCCUGAAGAGUGAUCCUGUGUUCGACAAAUCUCAGAGCAAUUUCAUUGGAAGAGUUGAUGCAUACGAGAGAGCCCUUGCUAUCACAAAGCAUUUGAUCGAGUUACAGCGUAUCCAUGGUUGGUCAAAGCAGGAGAGAGAUCAGGCUGCGUUCGUCUUAUCGGAAGUACUCCCCAUCGGAUUGCACAACGUCGCCUUCGAACCCGUCUUCCUCGGUCAAGCCUCUUCUGCAAUGAUGUUGGAAUACUGGGAUCUCGUGUCCAACAAGGGAAUACAAGGGUGCUAUCUUCAGACAGAGCUUGGUCACGGCUCUAAUGUUGCUUGUCUGGAGACUACCGCGACGUAUAUCCCCGAAACACAGGAGUUCGAGAUUCAUUCACCAACGCUAACGAGUACUAAGUGGUGGAUCGGCGGAUUGGGUAAAACGGCUACCCAUGGAAUCGUUCAAGCAAAGUUGAUUUUACCUGGAGGGGAAGAUGUCGGUCCACAUCUCUUUCUUGUUCAACUACGGUCGCUAGAGGAUCACACAACGUUACCGGGAAUUUCCAUUGGCGACAUAGGCCCAAAGGCUUGUGGAGGUCUUGCAGCGAUGGAUAACGGCUACGCAAGAUUCCACCACAUCCGAAUCCCGCGGGCUAACAUGUUUUCCAAGUUUGCAGAGGUGACCGAGGAUGGCCGAUAUGUUCAGCCUCGGAACCCAAAACACAGUUUUGGUGGGAUGAUGUACAUACGAGCAAGCAUGGUUACGACUGCAGGAUGGACCAUUGCAAGAGCGAUAACUAUUGCUAUCCGCUAUACCACUGUCCGGCGUCAGGGAGAACGCGAUGAACAUGGUCUAGAGCGCCAAGUGAUCCAAUACCCAUCAACGUACUACCGGCUAAUACCUAUUCUUUCUCGUGCCUACGUGUUCAUUGUACUUGGCCGUCAAACGAUGAAGGAAUUCACUAUUGUCAGAGGACAUUUGGAUCGGGGAGACUUCACGAAACUUCCGGAGGCCCAUGCUAUCUUAUGUGGUUUAAAAGUUCUCGUCACCAGCGCUGCAGUGAGAGAUCUCGAGACUGCCAGACGUGCGCUGGGUGGACACGGGUACAGUGCCUUUGCAGGCAUUGGGCGCCUGUAUGCCGAUUAUCUCCCCGCUGUGCUAUACGAAGGCGAUAACUUUGUGUUGGACGGACAAGUAGUACGUGCAGCUGUGAAGGCGUACCGGGCUUCUCUUUCCACUCCAGCGUCACCUCUGGGGGCCCAUUCGAGCUACAUCCGGCUUUUGAAAGGCGAAAAUCCAAAGCCUGUUGUGGAUACAACGACAUGGGAGGAUUCCGAUGCCAUUAUCUGUCUGCUUGAAUGGCGCGCUGCUCUCGUGUUGAAAGGGUUCGUGGAGACUAUGGAUGAACUUGAUGCGAACGCGAAUCAGAGGCUAUCUAAGGCUGUCACGGAUGCCUUCAUAGCUGUUCAAAUCGGGAAAAUGAUUACUGGUCUAGAUCUGUUACCGCGGCAAGAGGGCGAUAUCAUACGCGCGCUGCAUCAUCUAUAUUUGCUCACUACUGCAGAAGAUGCGCUGGUUGAUCUUUUCUCGACGGGGUUGUUACACCAAUCCGGAGACCGUAAAUUACGUUUGGCAAUCAAACACCAUUGUGCACUGCUCUUACCUAACGCUAUUGGAUUGACGGAUGCAUUCUCGUUUUGCGACUGGGCUCUUGAUAGUGCGUUAGGAAUGUCUGAUGGGCGUGUUUACGAAGAGCUUUGGCGAAGAGCCCAGUGUGAACCUCUCAACCAGUUAGGCACUACUCCAGGGUACUAUAAAAGCCUCCGGCCGAUGUUGCAAGAAGGCCAGAAGUUGACGAAGAAAGUAAACAGUCGGCUUUGAAGAAUU